CUCACAGGCGGAUCGUGAACCCUUUGCUCAUCACACAAGCACACUACACCGCACGAAACCACACGAAACCACACCAUAAGACACCGAACACACACAACACCAUGCCUCGCCAGUCAAGGUCGUCCGCUCGCCCGGCCCCGAGCAGGCCCACCGUGCCCGCCCGCUCGGCUCCCGCUCCGACCCAGCAGCAGCAGACUAGGCCGGCAACCACCUACGCCGCCCCCAGCGCUGCCCCGUCCGCUCCCACAACUCCCCAAACUCCCCAGGCCCCGACGGCCACCGCGGGCUCCCAGGGCCCCGGUCUCUUCGGCCAGAUGGCCAGCACCGCCGCUGGUGUCGCGAUCGGCUCUUCCAUCGGCCACGUCGUCGGUAACGGCAUUAGCAGCCUCUUCGGCGGCGGCGGCAGCUCUUCCGAGCCGGCGCAGGCGACGCAGGCGCAGGCGGCGCCCCAGACCAACAACAGCACCUGGGGCAACAACUGCGCCGGCGCGACCGAGCAGUUCACCAAGUGCAUGGACGAGCACGGUGGCAACAUGCAGAUCUGCGGGUGGUAUCUCGAGCAGCUGGAACGCGCCCCGAGAAGGAGGGCUUGGGAGUAG